AUGCUUUCUUUCCUGGAUCUGCGCAAGAAGUUCUUGCAAAAGAGCCUGCAGACCCAGUCCAGCUUCGGCGUCGAACUGGAAUUUCUGGUUGCGGUGCGAUCAGAUUCGGAUAACAUGGUUCGUUUUGUGCCGGAGGAGCUCGCAGGUCAGCCCGGCCAGGCUAUCUUGAUUCCUGAGGAGAAGAAUAAUCUAUGGGAGAGAGAUACGUACUGCAUCAAUCAUGUGCAGGCAACGCUGGACAGUUGUCUGGGUAAUCUUUCCGCCAAGACGAGAGUCUUUGUCCCAAAUGAGCUCUCUACUCCCGAGGAAGGCUACCUGCAUGAAGAUUACGAGUACUGGACUGCCAAGCAGGAUGCUUCGAUCGGACUGCCGGAUAAGCUGUUCUCUUCUGGUGAGUAUCUGGGCCACCAAUGGGCGGGCAUUGAAGUGACGUCUCCGGCUCUCUGGAACGAGAAUGAGAGUUUCGAUGAGAUUCGAAAAGUCUGCGAGGUCUUGAAGGCACGGUACUGGAUCCUGACCCCGCCAACGUGCGGCCUGCAUGUCCACUAUGGGCAUGGUCAGGACCAGAUUGCCGUCCAAGAUCUACGCAACAUCGCUGCGCUUCUCCUCGCUGCUGACCCUCUCUUGGUCCAGUUACACCCCGAGAGCCGCAAGCGAAAUCGGUUUUGUGUGAGCAACCGCCUGUUCUCUGAUGUUGCACAGGGUCUUAGUGCCGAGACAGCCACCGCCAUGUUGAUGCAUGAUUCUGUAUCCUCAGAAGGUGAGGAGGCUCCGCAGAAGGUCAUGCGGCCUCUGCAGGGUAGUAAGCUCUUGAGUCGUAGCAGUUGGCGAUCUUUCAAUCGCCUCAUCCCUCAGGGAACACUGACUAGCUACCCAGUCGGCGAGCCAGGCUCAAAGCUCAAGUGUCCUGGGAAUGCUGCCGCCAGGCUCCAUGCUCCACGGAGCAUUCUUGGGUGCGUGGAGGAAAUCCUCUCUGCCACCCAGCCGGAGGUUGUUGCGCGGCUGAUGCAGGCUCCUCCUAAUACUUCCUCUAAACCGGCCUACAGCUUUGCUAAUUAUGACCAGCAGCAGCCCUUCCCCAACAGCAACAGCGAAAUCAAGAAGACGGUCGAGUUCCGACAGGCAGCCGGUACUGUGGACGCAGAUGAAAUUAUCACCUUUGCAAAACUUGCCAUUGGACUAGCUGAUUUUGCCUGUUCUUCCGACCUCGACACUUUCUGGUCCGUCAUUCUGAAGUGUGCGCAAGCGGACGCCAAUACGACAGCCCAAGGCAAGGACAAGACCACUUCUUACGAUGUUUUCAACUUUCUAGCGGACAUUGGGCUGUGUAGACUGAUUCGGCCCCUGCAGAAUAUCGUCAUCAAGAAGCAUCCUACUGUACAGGAAAGCCAGUCCAAAUAA